GUAAUUUUUUUGGAUAUUUCCCCCAUUUGCGGGGAACGAGGGAAAAUUUUUAAAUUUUUAAGGGUAAUGUCUUCAACUAGAUACAAUUUGUGAUCUUUUGACGUAUUGUUAAAAGAAAUCGGUCCAGUGAGAGCUGAGAAAAAGUAGUGACAGACACAAAAAAAAAAUAAACACAUCAUGGUAAAAUUAAUACCUUCUCAGCUUCGCAUCGAAGCUAAAAUAAAUAAAAAUAUUAUUAUUUUUUCUUGUGAUACAAACCUCAAAUUUCUUUGCAAUUCCAAAUCAAUAUAUUUAGACGGAACUUUUCAGUAUUACCCAAAACAUUUUGUACAAUUAUUUACCAUACACGGAUAUAUAAACAAUUACUAUGUACCACUUGUUUUUUGUUUAUUAAAAAAUAAAUUUAUAGAGACUUAUAAAGAAGCUUUUGAGAGUAGGUACAGAAAACUUCUAGAGUUAGGUUUGAGUAAUGCUUAUAAAACAUACGUGUCUGAUUGUUUCGUUGAUGACUUCAUGACAUCAAUACCUGAGGGAACAGCUUUUAUUGAGUAUGCUGAUUACUUAAUCGACAAUUAUAUUUCUGAGGAAAGCAAAUAUCCUCCAAAAAUUUGGACAUUGAUGGACCCCUUAUUGGCCCGGAUAACAAAUAAUCGUGAAUCAUUCCAUUCAUAUUUUAAUGAACAAUUUUAUAAGGCACAUCCUUCUAUUAAUAUAUUUUUAAAACUUUUAAUAGAAAACGUUCAAUCUUAUAAUUACAUUAAAAUAUAUAGUUCUAAUAACGCAAUAUUGAGAUAA